UUAAUAAAUGGCGGAUUUACGCGAAUGCGAAUGAACGCCAGAUGAAUUUGAUUUAAUUUAUUGAAAUAGUUCUAUAUUUUAAUAAAAGUUUACCAACUUUUGUUGAGUGAAAUUUUAAAAUAACUUUAUAAGCAAAAUGUCUCGUUCUGUUCGCGCUGAGACAAGAAAUCGUGUAAAAGAUGACAUCAAAAGAGUCAUGCAAGCUGUAGAAAAAGUUCGCCAUUGGGAAAAGAAAUGGGUGACUAUUGGGGAAACCACCAUGAAAAUAUACAAAUGGGUUCCGAUAUCUACGAAUGAACAAAAAAAGAAACAUGCAGCCAAACGAGAGAAUAAGGAGAACACAUUGACUCCUAAGAAAAUGCACGAUUCCUCAAACUCCAACUUCGGAAUGGCAGAGGACUCAAAUACAUGUUUCUCAACAGUAAGUGACUCUCAAGGACCAACAGAUUUCACCUCGUCGCACAUGAAUUUCUCCGAGGACUCGAAUUCGCAGAGCAGCGGCACAAUAACACCCGCGAAAAGAUUAAAAACAGACUGAGAUAGCAGCUAGUGAGCUUGGGAACCAAAUAAACUUUAUGAAGCAAAAGACUUGUAAUGAAAUUGUGAAGUGUGUCCGUGUUAGUGAUGUGCUAAUGAAUUAAGAUGCAUGAUUUAUUUGAUGUAGUUUAAUAAAUUUAUGAACUGUAAUAUAUAAUUAUAUUUUAUGUUAAGACUGUGUUUAAAAUAUAGUUUUUGAACUGUAAAUAUUGGUUUUGUACUGAACUAGCUUACCCGACAAAUGCACGAUGUUUGAAAUAGUCAUUAUCAUUCUUGAUAUUUUUUGAUUUUCUGCACAAUUUUCUUAAUUUUUUAUUAUGUAGGAAGCUUCUAUACAGUAAUAUAAAAAAAAAUCCUUAUUUGUAUAGCUAAAUCCCAAAGUGCUAUUAAGAGCACAGGAAUUUAAUAAUGAGUUACAAUUAAUUUAAUUACAAGACACAAAUACUGUUUCAAAAAAUACAUUUUUUAAAUGCUAACAAUAUUUAUUUCAAAUAUGAUUAAUUGCAUACAAAGAGCCAAAUAACAUUAAUAAAAUUAGGAUGUUGAAAUGAGCAAUUUGAUUAUGAUUACCUUGUUAAAAUAAAAUUAAAGACAUACAAAAA